UAACAACCAUGUUGCACCCUCAAAAAAUGGCGGCUUAUUCACAACUGACGUUGUCUGAUUGGUCAGAUUUAAAUUUCCGGCCGGUUUCCUGGUGUGCCUUGCAAAUAUAACCUUACUUUAUUCAGCAUGUCAUUUUCUUAAGAUUUCAUUUUAAUUCAAUAAAGUCCGUAUUAUGUUAUUUGAGACAUGCCUUUUGUUCAGAGAUGUGAAGUAUAAAAAUGUGAUCCAAGUCAGUAGUCAGGCUUCUGGCAGAUCCUGGGGAAGAGAGAUACAGCGGUUACUCAUUUGAGA